CGCACAGCGACGCUCUAUGCGCAUUGUUUUCUGGGCAAUGAAGUUCAACAACGCUCUCACGACCUUUCCAUCAGCAGAUGCAGCCUCGCUUCGCAUACUCUGACUGUCCAUCACAAGAGCUAGAGUUUGAAAGACAGUCUUUCUAUCCAAUCAGCGCCUUGCACAAGCCACACGCGAACCUCCAUGGGGAGGGCAGCAUGCACAGAGCAAGGAACAGAGGCCAGACAGACGGUACAUUUCCACAUCCACGAUCGUCUUUGCGUCAAAAUAUUUAACAAACAGUGCGUGGCACUGAAUAAUACUGCUUCGUUGCGGCGAGAAAACGCAUUGUGGGCACCCGAACGCUUCCGCGGGGCCGACGAGCGCUGCACGAGGGAUCGCCCAGCUGCAGCGCGCGAGGCGAGGCUCGGAAACGGCUGGGGAAAGAAGGCCGCCCUUCAGCGCUCUUAGACCUGCGGGGAAAAGUGAAGAGCGCCGCCUGACGACCGCCGUACAGCGGGGUGGCUCGCUCAGGAGACAGCGGUGCGCUCCAUAAGCUCUGGCAAAAUCUGAAGAGCGCCACCAGCUGCUCGCCACAAGGUUGUUUUAGGGCUUAGGAUUUGUAUCGAGCAUAAGAAUGCAUACUGAACCUAGUGACUGUGACUCAUAACCCCAGCACUGCACCUGCUCUUCAGCACACCGAGAGACUUUGCAUCUUAACAGGUUUAGCACUGUGCAGUUACCAUGAGUGAGCAGGAAUAUGUGGAGCAUCAGUAUAUGUGCAGUGAGUGCCAGCAGCUCUUUAAUACGCUGGAGGAGGUGCUGGUGCACCAACAGAUCCACACCGGAGCAGAGGGGGACGAGGUCGAGGUCCUCUCGAGCCUUGAGGACUGUGACACUGGGGAGAGCCAGUAUCAGUGCCUGGAGUGUGGAGCCAUCCUGAGGAACCCAGAUGAACUGCUGCUGCAUCAAGAGCUGCACAUGAGAGAGGCAGGCCAGGAGCUAUGUGAGGUCACAGAGAUGGAUGCUGUCGAUGCAGAUGUGCCAAUCCAGUAUCAGUGUUUGGAAUGUCUGGCUCUCUUUGACACACCUGAGCUGUGGUUGGCUCACAGACAGACACACAACAGAAGCAGCACCCACAGCAGCUUGAGCACUGACACAGAAUAUGUUCUUCAGGCAGAUGGUUCAGUCACUCCGCUUCAGUUGCUCAAUGUUCAAAAUCUAGUUCUGGAUGAACAGAAGGCAGGCCAGAUCCUGACCUUAGCCCAGGCUCUUCGAGAGCAAGAAAACCCAUCUAAAACUGCAGCCCCUCACAGGACUAUGCUAGUACCAGCCAACGCUUCCCUGCCUGGCUCCACCUCUGCGAUGCUCCGCCUACAGUUCUGCUCCGCCCAAGCGAUCGCUGAUGGUUCUGCUUCAGCUACUCUCCGCAAAGCUAAACUCCUCGCCCCUCUCUUACCCGCCGAUCCUAUCCGGCUGGACAAUGUGACCACUUUUAACCUCCUCCCUUCCUCUGGUCAGGUGAACACUUUAAAGAAGGAAAAUGAGGAGAUUUUAAUUAUCCAUCCUUAUGAGUGUUCUGAGUGUAAUCUGCUGUUUAGCACACCAGAGGAUUUCCUUCAACACCAGGGGGAGCACUUCUUAGGCCAGGACAAAGAGAGUGGGGACACUGGGGUGAUGGUGGGGUAUGAAGACCGUUCUGGGGCUAAGGAAGAUGAAGGAAGAAGCGAUGGAGCCGAAGAGGGCAGCAAAGUUGGCAAAGUUAUUGCUGGGAGGCAUACAUACACUGCCCGCUCAGCUGGUUUGGGUUUGACACCGCCACCCAGCAAUCUUCGGUGUGAGGAGUGCAAAAGAACGUUCACCUCUGCCAAUCGGCUUGUGGCGCACCUUCGAGUGCAUGAACAAGGAACACACGAGUGCCCAGAGUGUGACAAAGUGUUUAAAAAGUUGGUGUCCCUUCAGACUCACAUGCGCACACACUCUGGUGAGGCACGUUUUCUGUGUGUAGACUGUGGACAUGGUUUUACCACAGAAAUGACUCUUAUGAUACACAGGAAAUCCCAUACAUCUGAGCCACUGCACAAAUGCCCAUUUUGUGCUAAAACUUUCACCAACAUGACGAAGUUCUUGUACCAUCGUCGCACUCACCGAGCACGUGAGCCGACCGAACCAGUCUCUCAGUUUGUACUGGCCCAGCAGUCACCUCUCUCUAUCAUCCAAAGAGCAAGAGAACGCGAGGCUGCUUGGAGGAAAGAAAGACAUGCGGUGACAAUUCCUCCUGUGAAAGAUGACAGAAAAGAAUCGAGUGACACAGGUUCUGUGCCCAUUGAAGGUAUUGCAGUGGUUUCCCAGUCUUCAGAGCCAACAGAAAAUGGGCUUCAUGCUGAACCCUCAAACACAGAACAAACCCAAAAUGGAGGGAAAAUACUGACAAUCGACCCCAACCAUUCAACUACUGCCCGUGUGGAAGGAGGAGGAGAGGAACCAAGUAAACACGGGACUCCUGCUGAGGAAGAACCAAAGUUCCCUUGCUCUAUUUGUAAAAAAAGAUUCCCCUCACAGGUCCGUCUGUUGCGUCAUCACCGAACGACUCAUACCACCGAACGGCGUUUUAAAUGCAACAUCUGCGGGAAACCGUUCAAGAAGCAGAUCCAUCUGCGAAACCACCUGCGCACGCACACGGGCGAGCGGCCGUUCCAGUGCAGCGUGUGUGGAAAGACCUUUUCCUCUCUUGCAAAUCUUUCCCGUCAUGGACUCACACACACAGGAGUCCGUCCGUACCGGUGUGACAUUUGCCACAAAGCCUUCAGCCAAUCGUCAAAUCUUCGUCAACACCGUCAGCAUCUUCACAGCAAUGUGACGCCCUCACCCUGUCCAGACUGCUCCGCUACCUUUAUCCGUCCUGCUAAACUUGUAGCUCAUCGUUUUCUUCACCACCCAGGGUCACCAGCACCUUACCCCUGCCCGCACUGUUCCGAGGGGUUCUUGCGCAAGCGUCAACGAGACCUUCAUUGCCUGGAGGAGCAUCCCAACUUGACUCAGCUACACAGUAUCUCCCAGGACUCCCAGGUUAGCAGUCAACAGGGCUCGAUGGAUAAUACAGAGCAACUAAGCGCUCCUUCGAUGACGAAACCUAAUCUGGAUUGCACUAUUUGUGGCAAGCGGUUAAAUUCUCCUGCAAAUCUCCGCCUGCACCAGCUAAGUCACGGACUUGGGCCCGGCCGGCCUCGAGGCUCAAGCUCCGCCACUGGCAAGUCUCAUCCCUGUCCGGUGUGUGGAAAACUCUUUGGUUCAGCCUCAAGCGUUACACUACACCAGAGAGUACACACCGGUGAGCGUCCGUAUCCUUGCGUGAUCUGCGGAAAACGGUUUCGCCAGAACACACACCUGCGGGAGCACCUUCGCACGCAUUCGGGCGAGCGUCCGUUCCGGUGCGAGUUCUGCGAUAAGGGCUUCGUGCAGAGCAUGCAUCUGGCGGAACACCGGCGUACACACACGGGUGAGCGGCCGCAUGCUUGCGGUGAAUGUGGAAAGACCUUCAAGACGGUCUCGAACCUUAGGAACCAUCGGAAGACCCACAAUCGCACCCAAAAGCAACAAGAGCCAGAACAUAGCGCAGAAGCAGUGGCUGCAGAAUCUCAAACAGCAACUGUUGCUGUUGUGGAAGCUUCUGAGAUGGACCUGGUACCAGCCUUCUGCCAACAAGAGGUGCAGCUUGGACAACCCCAAGUCAUUCAGAUACAAACAUCCAACCUGACACAGACUCAGGGAACUCCCACUAUCAUGUUUAACGAGCUUGGAGAGACUAUAGCCAUCAUUGAGACGAGCGGAGACCUGGCAGAGGCCAUCGAGCUGUACCACACAGCACUGGAGAGUGGCAUCAACAUGGAGGCCAUCACUGUGGACAACCUGCAGUUAAUGUGAGAGAAGUGAAGAACAGUGCAGCACUCCAGUGGCCAUCAUCUUCGUGAUUUGAAGAUUGUGAUUAAAAGAAGAGCAUAAGUGGGUCAGAACAAGUGCAGAGAGAAAAAAAUAGGGAAAGCAGAGAUUGAGGAAGUGUUCCAUAUUCAAGACAUUGUAGUCAUUUCCAUUGAAUGUGUGAACAAGCGUACCUCAAAUAGCCACUCUAGUCCAUCCUUUCAGAUAUUUUUCAGCCUUAUUUUCAAUUUUUAAAGACAUUUUUGCAAAAUAAUUUCAGCUAACUAUCUUAAAAGAGGGCUGAUAUUAGAGGUGCAACUGAAAGGCUCAAAUCUGUGAUAGGAUGUCUCCUGUUUUGGGACAAGAAAUGGCCAGUCUGUCUUACUGAUGACACACUGCAUGACACUCUCGUUCUGACAUUUGGACAGCCAGAUGGAGGGUAUGAAGGCACAGAUGUCACCCGUGGACAGUAGAGCAGGUUGAUAACACAGGAUGGUGUGUAAUGAUUCCCGGUUAACAUUCUGACCUGCAGUUCUUGGGAGGAGGUAGUUUAAGGGCACUCACCUGAAGAACAAAACAACAGGGCAGAGGAAGUUCAAAACGAGUGCUAAUCAUGGACAGAUAUUAUGCACCAUCACUACAAUGGACAAUGAAUUCACAUGUAUUUCCAUCUCUCGAUCUGUACACUGAAUGUUUGUAGCAUUUUUAAUGUUAUGAUGCUGAUUUGGAGAAGUGUUGCAAAUAAACAGUUUGUCUCCCUUGUGUAAUUUCUUUGAGGAAGUGGUGUUACAACAGCAAUACCCAGCGAUCAUGAUCUCACCUUAA